GGCUUCAAAAACAGGUUGGCAGACAGCAAACAGGAGAGACAACCAAGAGACUGAUUCAGUGAGGGACACCCAGAGACCCAAGGCAAAUUACCGCUAUACAAAAUGAGAGUUCUUUUGGCAACAAUUGUCUGCUUUUCCACACUCUCUGUGCUUUCAGAGGCUGUUGUAGUGAAAGAUGGAGAUUUCACUUUCUCUCUGGAGGCUGUGAAGAAGUUGAAGGAUUUGAUGGAUGGCGUUGUUUUGAAAAGAUCUCGCAUGUCCAGCUCUGCAGUGCUGUGUACCAACCCUGCCCUGCCAGAGGAGUUCAGAGCAGUGUGCCAGAGCACAGACGCGUCCAUGGUCUUCUCCAGACUCAGAACAGUGGCUGAUCAUGAGGAUAUCUGUGAGAUCUGUGCCAUGGCUGCCUGCACGGGAUGCUUCUAAUGAUUCUUGAAGAUCAUCCCUUUAAAAAAAAAUGUAUGGAAAAUCAAUCAACAGAGUAUGUAGCAAAAACAGCAUUUGCUGUGAGAGGCUCCCAACCACUGAAUUCUGAAAACACAUUUAGGAAAAUAUGAUUUAAUGGACCAGACAGUGUGAUCUAAAGGGGCUUCAUUGUAAUGCCUAACCUUGUGCCUCCAUGCAGGUUAUUGAUUUGUCCACUGAAUAAGUCUGAUGUAAUCGAUAAAAACCCUAGCCAAACUAACAAAUCUGAAUCUUGUGCUCAAAAGGAAAUUGAAAAGCAAACUUACUGCUUUUAAAACAAAUUGUAAAAAAAAAUCCUGCAUGUUGUCAAUUGACUCUUGAGGCCAUUACCACCUGUGCCAUUCAGAGACUUACAGCAACAUUGAAACAGCGACCUCAAACGUAAAGGCAUGAGUCUGCUGUUCACAUUGUGUGUAGAUACGCCUGGAGUGGAAAAGAGGCUUUUUCAGUGAACAAACCAAUAAGGCUGCAUGCUAUUAUUGUUCCUAUAAUGGUUUUAACCACACACAACCAAUCAUUAAAGUUGCCACUAUCAUGUUCAUUUUGCCACUACAAUAGGUUUCCAUAGUGUAGUGUUCUGUGCACUCUGCUGCAUCCUCUCCAGAGAUUGUUGGUUUUUCAUUUUCUUUCCACUAUGAACCAAACAGCCAACUACCUGCAGCAGCAAGGGGUUAUAAAUGCAAUAUAUAAGCUAUUUUAUUUCUUUUCCCUCUCCCCUUUUUUGGGCCUUUUUGUAUACUGAUAAUAUUUUGUAAGAAACAUAUAAAAGGUACAUCUUUUGUUGUUAAUUUUUAAAGCAAUUUGCACCUUUUACUCCUAUCCCAGCUAUAGGGAUACACACAUGAAGCUUCUAAUAUUUUACAGUGAAUGUAAUAAAUACAUCCCUGAACUAGUGUAUACACCGAAUCAAAGUAGGGCUGUUUACGGUAAUUGUUUCCAGUUCGUAUUGUUAUAGAGGUUUGAGCUAUAGCGAAUUUAAAAUAUCCUCAUUAAACUGUUUUAAAUUGCUGUUAGGCAGUAUAGUGUAUAAAUAAUUGGUCCCACACUGCCCCUUAGUGGCCCUUAAGAGUAUUUCUCUUUAAACCACAAAGAAUGUUACUGGAUGUUUUGUAGUAUAGUUCUAUAUUCAAUUUUUUCUACCUCUCUCAAAACUAUUAAAAUCUAAUUAAAUGAA